AUGGUUGCCACAACAGCCCCUGCCAUUGCGUCGCCGCUUAUUCGAUCCCCUCCGUUUCACGGUUCAAUUGGACAGCGCAAGCCGAAUACGCUGUCUUCCAAACACCACCUCGCCAUAGAAUCCUCACCCACAGCACCAAAUCCCCCCAACAAAAAUGCCAUCCCCCAACGCUCGAGCAGAACAUCUCCCCGCCUUCAUGACACCUUUCAAGCACUUCUUCGGGAGGACUGCUCCCCUGACACGGCUGAUUACUCCCUUGCCAUUGAUUCCUGCUGCUGCCCCCGGCUGGCCCGGCAGAUCCACGCCCAUGCCCUCAAGCGAGACUUCUGUGGCUGCCGUGAGUUCCUUGAGACAAGGUUGCUCCUCAUGUACGGCCGCUGCCAUGGCGUCCAACCUGCUCUCCAACUGUUCGAGAAAAUGUCUCUAAGAAGCAUAUACUCAUGGGCUGGCAUCCUGACUGUAUAUGUGGAUCAUGAGCUCUUUGAGGAAGCCUUCUCUCUGUUUAAGGAAUUGCUGGUUGAGGGAGUUGGGUUGGAGUUCUUCGUGUUUCCUGUGGUCUUGAAAUCAAGUGCUGGGCUGAGUGCAUUGGACUUGGGCAAGAGUCUGCAUGGUUUUGUCUUGAAGACGGGAUUCAUUUCGAACUUAUAUGUGGGCAAUUCUCUGAUCGACAUGUAUGGCAAGUGCGGUGAUAUGGAUGAGGCUGUGAAGGUUCUGAAGGGAAUGCCUGAAAGGGAUUGUGUUUCGUGGAACUCUGUGAUUGCUGGCUGUGCUUCCAAUGGAAUGGCUUCUGAGGCGUUGGAAUUUCUGGAAAGCAUGUGGUCGUUGGGUAAUCUGAAGCCUAAUCUUGUUUCGUGGAGCGGGGCGAUUGGAGGGUUUGCUCAAAAUGGCUAUGAUGAAGACGCUCUUGAGCUGCUUUCUCAAAUGAUAGAGUCUGGUGUUAAGCCAAAUGCUCAGACUUUGGCUAGUGUCUUGCCCUCUUGUGGAAGAUUAGAAGCACUUGAUGUUGGCAAGGAAAUUCAUGGAUAUAUAAUGAGGCAUGGGCUUAUGGGUAAUGCUUUUGUUGUUAAUGGAUUGCUUGAUGUUUACAGGAGGUGUGGCGAUAUGGCCAGCACAUCGGAACUCUUCUUGAGGUACUCGAUAAGAAGUUUGGUCUCUUAUAAUACAAUGAUAGUAGGGUACUGUGAGAACAAUGAGUUAAGCAAGGCCAAGGAGCUGUUUGAUCACAUGGAGAUUGAUGGAGUAAAGAGGGAUGCAAUCUCAUGGAACUCAAUGAUUUCGGGUCUAGUUGAUAAUGAGAGCUUCGGGGAAGCUCUUAAUAUGUUUAGACACAUGCAGAUGGAGGAAGGGGUUGAAGCUGACUCGUUUAACUUAGGGAGUAUUCUCGCAGCUUGUGCAGCCUUGCGUGCAUUUGGACAGGGUAAGGAGAUACAUGCAUAUGCACUGAAAAGAGGUUUUCAUUCCAAUCCCUUUGUGGCUAGUGCAUUGGUAGAUUUGUACUGCCGAUGCCAACAUCUUGUGGCUGCAGAGUUGGUUUUCUUUGACAUAGAGAGAAGGAAUACAGUGACAUGGAAUGUGGUGAUCUCUGGUUAUGCUCGGGCUGAUCAAGUGAGCCGUUCCCAGGAACUGCUUUUAAUGAUGAAAGAGGAUGGAUUUGAUCCUAACAUCUACACUUGGAAUGGGCUGAUUGCAGGUUGCAUGGAGAAUGGACACAAUGAAUUGGCUCUGCAGUUGUUUCUUGAAAUGCAGACCACAAAGCUGAUGCCUGAUAUUUAUACCUUAGGGAUGAUCUUACCUAUUUGCUCAAGAUUAGUUUCCAUUGAGCGAGGGAAGCAGGUCCAUGCACACUCAGUUAGAUGUGGCCAUGAGGCUGAUGUCCAUAUCGGGGCAGCCCUUGUGGAUAUGUAUGCCAAAUGUGGGAGUAUAAGACUUGCAAGCAUUGCAUUUAAUAGAAUAUCGCAACACAAUUUGGUAUCUUACAAUAGUAUGCUUGCGGGGUUUGCAAUGCAUGGGCUUGUAAAGGAAGGCCUUGCACUCUUCAACCAAUUGCUGGAGGACGGGAACAGACCAGAUGAGAUCACCUUCCUGUCUGUUCUAUGUUUAUGUGUUCAUGGGGGAUCUGUUGAGGAAGGGCGCAUAUACUUCCAUCUGAUGACGAGCUAUGGUAUAAAACCAAAUAUGAAACAUUACUCAUGUAUGGUUGAUCUUUUUAGCCGUGCUGGGCAGCUUAGUGAAGCAUAUGAGCUAAUUAAGAGUAUGCCCAUGGAGCCUGAUGCUGUGGUGUGGGGUGCACUGCUUGGUGGUUGUGUCAUUAACUGCAAUUUACAGUUGGGAGAGAUUGCUGCGGAUAGACUUAUUGAAAUGGAAGAAGGAAAUGUUGGUAACUAUGUUCUGUUGGCAAACUUAUAUGCCACUGCUGGAAGACAAGAUGGUUUAGUUAGAACAAGACAGAUAAUUAAGGAGAAGGGGAUGCAUAAAAGCCCUGGAUGUAGUUGGAUUGAGGUCAGAGAUCAGGUUCAUGUGUUUCUUGCCAGUGAUAGAUCUCACAAACAAACAGAUGAAAUUUAUGCUACUGCAGAAAUGUUGAACUGGCAUAUGAGAAAAUAUGGAGAUGGUUUGACGGCUUAUCAGCCUGAAUUAUUACAAGAAUUAGCAUGA